AUGUCAUUAGGCACAAUACUUGUUUAUCUCUAAUCUAUAGUGUUUUAAUACGUAUAUCUUGAUUGUCUGGUUGCUAGAUAUAGUUAAGUUAUUGAUCAGGUCAUAUUGCUUCAGAACUUGCUAGUAUAUAGUUGCCAGUAUAUAAUAGUCUGUCUUUUGAUUUCUUCUUAAUAACAUGUUGAUUUCCUGUGUUAAGGAAUUCCUCGUCGGCGUGCAAAUUCUGCAGAACCCAGGACAAAUUAUUUCGUGCGAAAACUUUCCAAAUUGGUUUUAAAUGAAAGCAACCUUCAAAAUACCUCUCGUCUCAAGGAUUUUAAUAUGAACCGCAGAUUGUCUACACAACAGCCGAAGUUUACUAAUCCUUUCGCUCGUCUGGAUUUUCGGAAAAAAAGGAAGAAGACUACUAAAGUCAAAGUUCCACCAUUGGAUUUUCCCCAGUCGUAUACUGAGUUGAUUUUGGAACUUGCCUACACAUCAAACUUAACACGUCAAGUUAUUCGACCAUUUAAUCGUUGUCAUUUAAUAAGUCAAUUAACUGAAUGUGCACGCUUGAUUCGUGGACGUAUUGCAUCUGGUGCUGCAUGUAUCCAGCUCCCUUUACUAGCCGAUUCCAAAAAGGAUGAACAACGUAUGAGUGACAACAAUCUUUCAGUGGUCUUAUUGUGAUGCAUAAAAGUCAAGUCGAUUGAUAUCUCAUCCUGAUCUCCUUGAAUAGAUUUGGAUGAACGCAUAUAAUGUAUAAAAUCAACGAUUUUUCUGUAUGAUUUUUUCUACUUCAAUUCGUCUUUGUAUCAAUAAAGUCUUGUCAAUUUACACGAUGUUCUUAAUUAUCUACUGGGUUAAAUGUAGGACUAAGACUACGAUUAACUGUUAAUUUCUGAUAAUUUCAAACAAAAUAUUUACUCGUCUUUUCGUUAUUCUAGACAGUGUUGAUAACUGUGACGUCGUUAAUUUACAUAAGUUUUGAUAAGGAUUUGGAUAUUAUUGUAUUACUAGUUUUCUUACUAACUUCCACUUUGUAUCCUAUUAAGUCAAGCAAAUAUUAUAAUGUCUGUUAGCUACACUGAAUAAAUGCUAGAGUCAAAUGAACGAAAUCAAAUUAAAAAAGUGCAUUAUUUUCACUUGACUUCUUCCUAAUAAUCUGUAUUUGAAAAUUCGAUAUUUUAAUACCACGAAGCAAUGUAGCACCUUUGUUUGAUAAUAUCGCUAAGAUGGUGAUACUUUUGGUUUUUUUACAUAUUCUCCAGAUUUUGUAGAAAUCACGUUUUCUCCAGUCUACAGCUUGUAACUGCAUCAUUCACGCAAAUUAAGAUACUUCUUCGUUAUCAUUUGAUUAUCGAGCUUAUCUGGUUCUUGUGCCGUAAACAUAGCUGAUC